UUCAAAAAUAACUCUUUUGCUCCUCCUCACCUCCACUGACGUCAGCACCACGCCGCCGCCGCCGCCACUAUAUAAGCUGGCCGAGAGGCAGAGCAGCCACCAGUCCCCGACACACCUCAGCCACCGACAUGGUCUUCAAGUUCGCCCUCCUGUCCGCCUUCGUGGCCGUCGCCCUCGCCGACAAUGCUCCCUACAGGCCACCCCCUCCUCCUCCUCCUCCUCCCACCUACAACGCCCCCGCCCCAUCCUACGGCGCCCCUGCACCAUCCUACAACGCACCUCAGCCAGUGAGUCCCCCCAAGUAUGACUUCAGCUGGAACGUCAAGGACGACCUUUCCGGCAACGACUACGGCCACCAGGAGGCCCGCGACGGCUACGACACCCAGGGAUCCUACUACGUGCAGCUGCCCGACGGCCGCCUGCAGGAGGUCACCUACACCGUCAACGGCGACUCAGGCUUCGUGGCCCAGGUCAACUACCAGGGCGAGGCUCAGUACCCAACACAGCAGGGCUACGGCUCCGCCCCGUCCUACCAGCCCCCUGCUCCGUCCUAUCAGCAGCCCCGCCCGUCCUACGCGUAAUGCUCCACCCUCGUGACGGCCAAGUCUUUCUGUCUUUGUAAAUACUCCAUUGUACCAGUACGUACCUACUUCCCUGAAGGCAAUAAACCCAUGCGAUAAAAAAGCAGUCCUUCCUUCCAUCGUCAAUUC